CUUCCGGCGCGCCACGGGAUCGCUGCGCGUUCCGGGAAACGCGUGCUGGCCACUUUCCCUGGAGGGCCUCUGUCUUGUCGCACGAUAGAAAUGGCAGCUCGAGUCCUUGUAAUUGGCAGUGGAGGAAGGGAACAUGCACUGGCCUGGAAACUUGCACAGUCUAACCACGUCAAGCAAGUGUUGGUUGCUCCAGGAAAUGCUGGCACUGCCUGCAAUUUGAAGAUCUCCAAUAGUGCUGUCUCAGUGAGUGACCACACUGCCCUCGCUCAGUUCUGCAAAGAUGAGAAGAUAGAUCUUGUAGUCGUUGGACCAGAGGCACCACUGGCAGCUGGAAUUGUGGGGGAUCUGACUGCUGUAGGUGUGAGAUGCUUUGGCCCUACAGCCAAAGCAGCUCAAUUGGAGGCCAGCAAAAAGUUCGCCAAAGAAUUUAUGGACCGCCAUGGAAUCCCAACUGCGCGUUGGAGAGCCUUCAUUAGGUCAGAAGAUGCCUGCAACUUCAUCAUGAGUGCAGAUUUCCCUGCUUUGGUUGUGAAGGCAAGUGGUCUUGCAGCAGGGAAAGGCGUGAUUGUUGCCAAGAGCAGAGAAGAGGCCUGCAAAGCUGUGCGGGAGAUUAUGCAGGAUAAAGCUUUUGGAGCGGCUGGCGAAACUGUUGUGAUUGAAGAGCUGCUGGAAGGAGAAGAAGUAUCAUGUCUGUGCUUCACUGAUGGGAGGACCAUGGCCCCCAUGCCCCCCGCCCAGGAUCAUAAGCGGCUGCUGGAGGGGGACCAGGGCCCCAACACAGGUGGCAUGGGUGCUUACUGCCCAGCUCCUCAGGUUCCUAAGGGCUUGUUAGUAACUAUUGAACAGAAUAUUCUCCAGAAGACAGUGGACGGGAUGCGUGAGGAGGCCACACCCUAUGUGGGUGUUCUCUAUGCUGGCAUAAUGCUGACCAAGGAUGGCCCCAAAGUUCUAGAAUUUAAUUGCCGUUUUGGUGAUCCAGAGUGCCAAGUGAUCCUCCCCCUGCUGCAGAGCGAUCUUUACGAAGUGAUCCAGUCCACCUUGGAUGGCCACCUGCUCACAUCUCUGCCCGUGUGGCUGGAAAACCGUACCGCCAUCACUGUUGUCAUGGCCAGCAAAGGGUACCCCGGGGACUAUGCCAAGGGUGUGGAGAUCACAGGCUUCCAAGAGGCUCAGGCCUUGGGACUACAGGUGUUCCAAGCAGGCACUGCCCUAAAAGGGGGCAGAGUGGUAACUAACGGGGGCAGAGUCCUCACUGUCACUGCAAUCCGAGAAGAUCUCAUCUCUGCCCAACAAGAAGUCAGUAAAGGGCUGGCAGCCAUAAGGUUUGAGGGAGCUGUGUACAGGAAGGACAUCGGUUCUCAGGCCAUAGCUUUUCUCCGGCAGCCCAGGGGCAUCACUUACAAAGAUUCCGGUGUCGAUAUUACAGCUGGAAAUAAGCUAAUCGAAAACAUUCGUGAUCUUGCCAAAAAAACCUCCAGACCAGGCUGUGCUGUUGAUCUUGGAGGCUUUGCUGGUCUCUGUGAUGUGAAAGCAGCUGGUUUCAAGGAUCCUCUUCUGGUCUCUGGGACAGAUGGCGUUGGUACUAAACUGAAAGUCGCCCAGCAGUGUAAUCAGCACGAUACCAUCGGGCAAGACUUGGUCGCCAUGUGUGUGAAUGAUAUUCUGGCCCAGGGCGCCGAGCCCCUCUUCUUCCUUGAUUACUUCUCCUGUGGAAAACUUGACCUUGUCACGGCUGAAAGCGUCAUCGCGGGUAUUGCUAAGGCUUGUAAAAAAGCUGGAUGCGCUCUGCUUGGCGGGGAGACAGCAGAGAUGCCCGACAUGUACCCACCCGGAGAGUAUGACCUGGCGGGCUUCGCUGUGGGUGCCGUGGAGCGGGACAAGCAGCUACCACGCCUGGGCAGCAUAAUGGAAGGAGAUGUGGUCAUCGGGGUCGCUUCCUCGGGGCUUCACAGCAACGGCUUCAGCCUGGUGCGCAAGAUUGUGGAGAAAUCCACCCUCAGUUUCUCCUCCCCUGCACCUGCAGGUUGCGGUGCUCACACCUUAGGAGACUUGCUGCUAACUCCAACCAGAAUCUACAGCCGCACCCUCUUACCUGUCCUGCGUUCAGGACACGUCAAAGCUUUCGCCCACAUUACUGGUGGGGGACUGUUGGAAAACAUCCCCCGUGUCCUGCCUCCAGGACUUGGGGUGCACUUAGAUGCCAAGAACUGGAGGAUCCCUGGGGUCUUCUCCUGGUUGCAAAGGGAGGGACAUGUCUCCGAAGAAGAGAUGGCCAGGACCUUUAACUGUGGCAUCGGGGCUGUCCUCGUGGUCUCAGAGAAACAGCAGAAAGUGGUCCUGUGUGAACUUGAGAAGCAGCAAGAGGAAGCCUGGGUGAUUGGCAUGGUGGUCACCUCUCCAGAAGGCUCUCCUCGUGUGACUGUCAAGCACCUAAUUGAAACGAUGCAAAUGAACCACACCGUGGUGGGAAAUGGGAUCCUGGUGGAGAAUGGCACCCUGAAACCGGACAAGGCCAGAGUAGCUGUCCUUAUCUCCGGGACAGGGUCAAACCUCCAAGCUCUCAUCGACAGUACUCAGGAGUUGAGCAGCUCUGCCCGAAUCGUCGUUGUCAUCUCCAACAAAGCCGCAGUGGCUGGCUUAGAGAAAGCACAAAGAGCUGGGAUUCCCACCAGGGUAAUUAGUCACAAAUCAUACAAAACUCGGGAACUGUUUGAUGAUGCGAUUGAUCAGAUCCUUCAAGAAUUCUCUGUAGACUUAGUCUGUCUUGCUGGCUUCAUGAGGAUUUUAUCCAGCCAGUUUGUCAAGAAAUGGAAUGGGAAAAUGCUCAACAUCCACCCCUCCUUGCUCCCAUCUUUCAAGGGCUCGAAUGCCCAUGAGCAGGCCCUGGCGGCUGGCGUCACAGUCACCGGUUGUACAGUGCACUUUGUUGCGGAAGAUGUCGAUGCUGGACAGAUAAUUUUACAAGAAGCAGUGCACGUGGAGAGAGGGGACACGGUGGCAACGCUGUCAGAAAGAGUGAAGCUGGCAGAGCAUAAAAUCUUCCCCACAGCCCUCCAGCUGGUGGCCAGCCAAACAGUGCAGCUUGGGGAAAAUGGCAAGAUCUGCUGGAAAGAGGAGCAAGCCUGCUAAUUCAGAACAGGGCCAGUGGGGAGAGGAAGUGUCAGGGCUUUUUAUCGAGAACCUGGCUCCUUAGGACCAGAGCAAUAGCACAGUGGGUAGGGUAUUUGCCUUGCACGCAGUCAAUCCGGGACCAACCUGAGUUCAAACCCCAGCAUCCCAUAUGGUCCCCUGAGCCUGCCAUAAGCUAUUUCUGAGCUCAGAGACAGGAGUAACCCUUGACCACCACUGGGUGUGGUCCAAAAAAAAAAACCCCAAAAAA